AUUAUCCAUAUCUAUAGUUUUCCCUCAUAAUCUUCUAAAGAAAUAACAAUGUCGCCGGGCCCUGUGGUUGAAGCCUCCCAUUCUGAAACUUAGCAAGUUCCUUCUACUGAGGAGGAACCCAAGAAGCAGCCCCAGAGCGAGGAGGAGGGUGUUGUUGAGGACGUCAAGGAAGAUGAUGACGACGACGAUGAGGAUGACGACGAUGAUGAUAAGGAAGACGGUGCCCAAGGUGCCGAUGGAAGUUCGAAGCAAAGCAGGAGUGAGAAGAAGAAAGAGUACGAAAGCGAUGUUGAAGUUGGGAAUGAAGCCUGUUACUGGUGUAAGCAGGGUCACCAUAAAGAGAGCCAAAAAUAUUCUGUUUUUCAUCUCGAAACCCGAUGUUUUCAAGAGUCCGAAUUCGGAGACUUAUGUCAUCUUUGGUGAGGCUAAGAUAGAGGAUCUGAGCUCGCAGUUACAGACACAAGCUGCUCAGAAAUUCAAGAUGCCUGAAAUGCCAUCUGUGAUGGCAAAACCCGACACAUCUGCUUCAACUGCUGGUGCACCCGCCGAUAAGAAAGAGGAAGAGGAAGAGGAAGAAAUUGAUGAGACUGGGGUUGAGCCUAGGGACAUUGAGUUGGUCAUGACACAGGCCGGGGUGUCAAGGAGCAAGGCCGUCAAGGCUCUCAAGACACACGACGGGGACAUUGUCAGCGCUAUCAUGGAGCUCACCACUUAGUUGGACUCCAUGUUUUUCUUAUCUUCCGCUAUCGCUUACGGCCAAUGAAUUCCGAUUAGUUCUGGUAAUUAUUAUCAACGAUCGAAGACAAUUUUGACAGAAUUCAUAUGCAAUAACAAUGUUUUUUGUUCUCUUGAAAUAAA